CAUAGAAGAGGUGUUGUGAUUGAGUACGAAAAUCCGUGACGACGCAAUGGAGAUAUCACAGAAGUGUGGAAGUGACGGUGCAGUGACAGAAUGGAGAUGAGGCUACUCGAAGGUUCUCGAGAAAGCUUGGCAUCCCACCUCGACGAGGAACCUACCCCGCGGGCAAUCGCGAGCUUGACGUCGAUAGCAGCAUCAAGCAGCAAUAAGACGACGACACACACACAAUGGUGAUCAACUACAGCAAGUGGGAUGCUCUCGAGCUCUCCGACGAUAGUGACAUUGAAGUGCACCCCAACGUCGACAAGAAGUCCUUCAUCCGCGCAAAGCAAGCCCAGAUCCACCAGGAACGCGACCACCGACGCCAUCAAAUCAAGACUCUGAAAUACGAACGCAUAAUCAACGAUGGCCUCACCGAGCGCAUCGACCGCCUGCUCACGGCUCUCAAGUCGCAUAGGGCGAAGCAGACAGAGGGAAGUGGGAAUGAUGACCAGCUGGUCUUCCAGGCAAUGAUGGAGAGCAUGAUGGAUAUGAAGCUAGACAAGGACGGUGGAGGAGAGAGGCCACCACCGCCGCCAGAGGGCGUGCAUGAGCACAUCAAGGACAAACCAUCGUACCCGCAGAUGAUGGCGAGUCUGGUCGAUUCAGUGAAGAAGGACAUUGAUGCAAGCAAGAGCGAGGAACCACGAUAUGAGCAAUUCAUCAAAGGUCUGGAGAGGGAAAAGGAGAGGGUUGUGGACCUGCAGAAGCAACUUUUCGCGAAACUGGCCGAGUUGGACAAGGAAGACAAGAAGCACAUCACAAGCGAAGACAUCCACGAAGGCUUCAGCUACUCUAGCGUAAAGAAGGGCGAAGAAGAAAAGGCACCCGUCCCCACACCGUCCUCCUCCUCCUCAACAUCCUCCAAACUCGUCCCUGCAAAGGAGACCACAACCGAGCUCCUCAAUGCCCCAUCCCGCCCCUCACCCUCCCGAACAGACACAGACCAAUCAUCAGGCGCAGACGCCGACAUCGAAGAAGGAACCGCCACCCACGACGAUGCCGACGACGAGGACAUCUCCGCCUCCCCCCUCGCACAAUCCUUCGCAAAGAUAAAAACCGGCGACUGGUACGCCUGCCUGCAAUUCCUCAUGGCGAACCCCUCCGUCAUGGCGGAGAAAGAAACCGACGGCCUCCUCGUCGAAGCCUUUAACUCGGAACUCGACGGCAAGCCCAAACACGCCCGCCAAUGCGUCCACCAAGGCCUGCUCCUGCAGUACUGCCGCCAGCUCGGCGGCCGCCAGGGCGUGGAACUGUUCUUCAAGCGCAUCCAGAGCAAAGAUCACCAAGCGAGCAAAAUGUUCACAGACGACGUCGACUCAACAUAUCGCCGCAUCCGCAUCCGCGCUGCGGAAAUCCUCAAGGAGCGCGCAGAGAACCCGCAGUCGGCAGAGGGCGUCGAGCAGAUCCAACUCCACGCCGUCAACCCAAAUACUACUAUCAACAUCGUCGUCCCGGCGGCGGAACCCACAUCGACCGACCCCGAGGAGCGCGAGGCGGAAGUCGCGUCGAGGCAGAUCUUCGAUACGUUUCCGCCGGGGUUGCAGCGCGCGCUCGAGACGGGCAAGCUGGAUGAGGUCAACAAGGUGCUGGCUAAGAUGAGCGUCGAGGAGGCCGAGGAGAUUGUCGAGAAGCUGGGGAAUGGGGGUAUGUUGAGUCUCGAGGAGGGCGUCAUCGAUGCGACGACUGAGGAGGGUCAGCGCGCUAUGCAGGAGAUUGAGAAGUCGCAUAAGAUGCCGGGACAGGAGUGAUUUCUGCGAUGAGUGCGUGUUAUGGGAGACGAG